AUGGAUUUUCUGAACAAGAAAACCGGCAGCUCUGUACAUUCUCUCCAUCUCCAUCAAGAAAUCAUCGAAGAAGAAAUAUUGCCAAGAUUGCCUGUGAAAUCACUCUUGAGAUUCAGGUGCGUUUCGAAAUCGUGGCACUCUUUAAUAGGCAGCGAACGUUUCAUCAAAACUCACCUCAAGAAUUCAACAAACAACCAAAAUUACGCUCAUUGGAAAGUAAUCUUGAACUCUAGAAAACAUGGAAUGGUCCACUGCUCUAUGCUCUCCUACUUGAAUGAAGAGAGGGUAAAUUUAUCGCCCAUCGAUGAUAAUCUGAUGAUCACUACUGAUCUCGUUGUGGGUUGUUGCAAUGGGCUUGUGUGCGUUGUCAACGCCGAUGAGUUUUGCUUCUUUGUGUUGAACCCAGCCACUAGAAUCUCCAUCGAACUACCCGAAAUAGACCACCUUAUUCAUCAUCUUCAAUUUACGAAAUUAGGGUUUGGUUGGGAAGAAGAGAGUGGCGCAUACAAGGUGUUUGUUGGUGUGUUUUAUGAAUAUGGUGACGAGAGAUUGGGUAAGGUUUACAGCUCGAAGACGAAUUCAUGGAAGACGGUGGAGCACGGGUGCCUCGACUGGCAUUGCACUUCAGGGAAGUUUGCGUGUGGGAGGCUUCACUGGGUCGCAGUGAGUGGCGGACAUACAUAUAUUGAAUCCUUCGACUUGAAGAGUGAGGUGUUUGAGACGAUGGAGCUACCGUGCAAAUUACGAAAAGGCGACGGGAUUCGCCCGUGGCUGUGGGUGAUAGAGGGAUGCCUUAGUGUGGUGUGUGAUGAUUAUGGUAAUGGGAAACGCAGAGUUUGGAUUAUGAAGGAGUAUGGAGUGAAGGAGUCUUGGGUGGAAGAGAUCUCUAAGCCAAGCAAGAAAAUUAGACGUUGUUGCGAAGCGUUUUUCUAUCCUGAGAGUUUAGUCUCACCAAUUCCUCAAGAUAAUUUGCACUAGCUAGGUUUCUCGAGUUUGUAGUUUUUCUUUUUUUUUCCUUUUGUCUUUUUUCCUUUCUUCUGCUAUUUAUUCAAUUGCUCGUUUUGAGUUGAAACUAGUCAUUGUGCUCUUGUUUCUUAGCCUAAAUUGAAUAGAGUUCUUUUGGGAAUGUACGAUGACAAUUUUUAUGUUUAAUUUCGGCAGCUAAAGAACAUUACUUGUUCAGCUGCAUUUAA